AUGGAAGGAGGAAGGCUGUCAAUCAAACAUGCUUAUGACAUGGUCACUAAAACCUCAGGCUCGACAAAAUAUUCAGAUUUCCCAUGGGAUCAAGACUCAGCCCCUGCUCACUCCAUGAUGGUUUGGAAACUGAUGCACAAUAGAGUUUCCACUGAUGAGAAUCUUUUCAUCCGUUGUUUCUCUUUCCCUUCUAUACGCUCUCUAUGCCAAAAUGCUGCUGAAACAACUCCUAAUCUCUUCUUCACAUAUGAUUUUACGAGGAAAAUCUGGCUUUGGUUUUACAAGUCUUGGAGCCUGCAGGCACUUAUAGUCAUCAGAGCUAGCACUGUUUUUACUUUUUACCAAAUCUGGCAAGAAAGAAACAAUAGAAGAUUUCAUGAGAGUGUUACUCAUUGGAAGCACCGCAUCUCAAAUAUAGCAGCCAGGGAUAAAAUGGUGGGUACCUUAACUUCCAAGAAAUCCCAUAGCUAUGUGAGUAGUUUUUCUAUUCUUAAAGCUUUUGACAUUGACAUCCAUCAGCGUAAUCCUCUAACCACCGUGGAAUUCAUUUGGUGCCCACCUAAUCGUGGUUGGAUCAAGUGCAACAUUGAUGGUGUUGCUUCGGGCAAUCCGUAUUUAGCCACUUGUGGAGGUCUGUUCAGGGACGACAAAGUAACUCAUUUGACCAGUUUUGGUGUGUUUCUUGGCAAUGGCAGCUCUGUCUUCGCAGAGUUUAUGGCGGCAAUCCUAGCUAUAGAGAAAGCUAAGGAAAUGAACUAG